ACGUUGAUAAAGAUAGGUGUUUGAAGGAAUUUUUGGAGCUUAAAAAGUGUUUUCAAAAAGCUGCGGGUAAAAGUAAAAUUAGGAUUUAAGUUUUAUUACCAUGUUGAAGUUUUGGCAACAAAGUUUUGGUACACAUUUGCUCACAGCUUUUGUGAUACGCACUUUGUUGAUCCUUUACAGCGAAUAUCAUGAUAAAAUUUCAUCAGUACCCUAUACGGAUAUUGAUUAUAAGGUUUUUACAGAUGCUGCACGUUAUAUUAGUAAUUUUUCAUCGCCUUAUUUGAGGCACACGUAUAGAUACACACCUUUGUUAGCGUUUUUGUUGACACCAAAUCUGUUUUUGCACCAGACGUUUGGUAAAUUCUUGUUUGCCCUGAUUGAUCUGGUGGUUGCAAUUUUGAUUAAAAAAAUUGUGGGUGCUAAAACCAAAUAUGGGGUGCUUGGUGCUUGUUUUUGGUUGUAUAAUCCUUUGGCAAUCGGUAUAUCCACCAGGGGUAACGCUGAUGGGAUUUCUGUCCUAUUUGUACUGCUUGCUGUAUAUUUUUUGGGGCGUGAAAAAAUGCUGGUUUGUGGUUUGUUCCACGGUUUAGCCAUACAUUUUCGGUUGUACCCCUUGGUUUUUAGUUUACCAAUGUACUUGCACAUUGGUAAAAAUAUUAUACCUAACAAAAAACAAGUACAAUUAGUCCUCGGAUGCACUGGAACUUUAUUAGCACUCACCAGUUUAUUUUAUUUUUUGUACGGCUAUGAAUUUUUAUACGAAACCUAUUUAUAUCACUUGGUACGCAAAGAUACCAGACACAAUUUUAGUGUCUACUUCUACAUGUUGUAUUUAAGUGCUGAAUUACAAGUCAACAUAUGGGAAAAACUUUUAACAUUUUUACCCCAACUUGCACUCUUGUUAGUCCUAAGUUUCAGUUACCACAAAUCCAUAAAUUUUUGUCUUUUCUGCCAAGCUUUUGUGAUGGUAGCCUACAAUCCGGUGGUUACCAGCCAAUAUUUUGUCUGGUAUUUAUCCUUAUUACCACUAAGUUUGGGUAAAUUGGAUUUAAAGUGGUUAGAGUAUGUGAAACUUGGUGGUUUGUGGGGUUUUGGACAAAUUGGUUGGUUGGUUCCGGCGUAUUUGCUUGAGUUUAAAAAUUUGGAGGUUUUUUUGUAUAUUUGGAUACAGAGUUUGGUGUUUUUUGGUAUAAAUUUGUAUAUUUUGGGGUGUUUUAUAAAGAGAUAUAAGAAGGAAUGAUAUGACAAA